AUGUCAUACAACGACGAGUCUAGCGGUCGCGGCGGAGGUGGCUACGGCAAUGAGCGCCGUAAUGAGGGCUAUGGCGAUGACCGUCGUCAGGAGGGAGGCUACGGCAACGAGCGCCGCAACGAGGGCUAUGGAAAUGACCGUCGCCAGGAGGGAGGUGGAUAUGGCGGAGGAGAGAGACGCGAAGAACAUGGAGAGCGCCGUAAUGAAGGCAGUGGUGGCUACGGUGGUGGCGAGCGACGUGAAGAGCAAGGCGAGCGUCGCCAUGAGGGUGGAGGCUAUGGCAACAACGACCGUCCCAGCGGCGGAUACUCUGGUGGAGGCGGCCAGGGUGGAUAUGGAGGUGACGAGAGACGCCAGGAGUCCUCUGGGUACGGCAAUCGACCCAGUGGUGGUUCAGGAUAUGGUGGCAGUGGCAACGAAGAUCAGAGACGCGCACAGGAAGAGCGCUACGAUAGCCGACCCAGCGGAGGCUCCAGCUCAGGCUACGGAGGUGAUGAGCGCCGCCACGAGAGCAGUGGAGGAUACAACGACCGUCCAAGCGGCGGACAAAGCUACGGUGGGAACGACUCCUCCAACGACCGUCCCUCCGGAGGUCAAGGUGGUAGCUACUCUGGCUAUGGAGGCAACUCAGGCAAUUCCGGCUCCCACGGCGGCCAGCAAUCCUCCGGCACAUCCUAUGGCGGUGGCCACGGCGGCUCAGACGACUUCUCGGGCGCCGCUCAGCACGCCCAGUCCAGCGGCGGCAACUCCGGUGACUCCAACCUCUUCAGCAUGGCUCUUGGCCUUCUGAACAAAGACAAGGCCAAGAAUGAAGACCUCGACGAAGAAGACGCCAUGAAGCAGCACCAGAAUUUCUACGGCGGUGGCGGAGGCAACCAUGAAGCCAGCUCGAACAACGUCGGUGCCGCUGCGGCUAUGCAAGCAGCCAAGAUGUUCAAUUCCGGAAGCAAUGAGCAGGCGUCUGGUGGGCAGAACAAGCUCAUUGGAAUGGCUAUGGCCCAGGCGGCCCAGCUGUUCGAUGAGCAGAGCUCGCAGGGCAAGACUAGCCCGGGAGCUACGAAGCAGGAUGCCGUUGCGCAGGCGGCACAGAUGGCGCUUAAGUUCUACAUGAAGAGCGAGGCUGGUGGUGGUGGCAGUGGUGGAAGCUCGGGCGGUAUUGGGGGAUUGCUGAACAUUGCGAGCAAGUUCAUGAAGUAGAAGACUUGGGGUACUGAUUAUGCAACCUUCGGUACAUGAGGAUAAGCUUAGUAAACCCAGAAAAAGCAUCCUAUCUGUGUAAACUGCGAA